AUGAAUCUGCUGAUGGCCGGCACGGAGACGACGGCUGUGACUAUCAGCUAUGUUCUGCCACUGCUCGCCCUCCACCCUGAGUGGCAGGAUGCAGCCCACCAGGAGCUGAAGGACGUCUUCGGCGAGGGUGACGACUACCUGCGGGCCCCCAGCCUUGCAGACCUAGGCAGACUCAGGGUGCUGGAAAGCAUCAUCAAGGAGACACUGCGAUUGUUCCCAACCGUCCCGGUGCUUCCUCGGGUGGCCACAGAAGACAUCUGGCUGUCUGGAGGCUCUGCAGAGCGGGUGUCAGUUCCUAAGGGUACCCUGCUUUUUGUGCUACCCUUCCUCACACACCGCCUGCCGCAGUUCUUCCAGGACCCACAGCGAUUUGACCCUUCGCGCUUCUUGGAGGACCGUGUCGGCAAGGAACAUGCGUGCAGCUACCUGCCAUUUGGGUUGGGCGCGCGCAACUGCGUGGGCUCUCAGUACGCCCCCCUGCAGCUCAAAGUCUACCUGGCAGACAUACUGAGGCGCUUCCGUUUCCUGCCAUGUAACCGACGCGAGGACCUGGAGGACAGUGCGCUCUCCUUCAGCCUAAGCCCCAUCAAGCCAGUCAGAGUGUCGUGCAUGCCCGUGGAUGGCCCUAAGGCAUAG